AUGGAGAAGAUCCUUGUCCUUCUGCUUGUCACCCUGGCAGUGGCCUAUGCGGUUCCCGACCCCCGGGGAAUCAUUGUCAACUUGGAGGAGGGCGAGCUCUGCCUGAACAGCGCCCAGUGCAAGAGCAAAUGCUGCCACCGGACAAGCGGGCUGAGCCUGGCCCGCUGCGCACCCAAGGCCAGCGAGAACAGCGAGUGCUCUAUCAAGACACUCUAUGGGGUUUACUACAAGUGUCCCUGUGAGCGGGGCCUGACCUGCGAGGGGGAUAAGUCCAUCGUGGGCUCCAUCACCAACACCAACUUUGGCACCUGCCGUGAUGCUGGGCGCUCCAAGGAGUGA